AUGACAAACGGCGAGGUGUUUGCGCUACUGCGGCGACGCCGCGACGAGCGCAACGCGAAGAUGCAACCACCAUUUGGAAUGCAGUUCGUGGGUGGCAGCAACAUGCCGCAGCAGCAGCAGAAACGAAUCUCGGCCUCAACAGUCGCGAAUGCGUCGGCACACACGAGCCUCUUUUUCCCACCUGACGCACUCGUGGCGGAUGGACCGAUUGCGGGUCUGCAAGGAGCGAUGUCUGCGGCUUCCCGUGUUAACGCGAAUAAUAGCGUUCUCUUCUCCUCGCCGGCGUCCUCGCACCUAAUGGUGUUGUUGACGGAAGUGCGUGCCCUACGCUACCUUGGCCGCUACGCCACGAUCAGUGGCAGCGACAGGGUGCAUGCGCUUUAUGGCCCCACUAGUGUGCACACCCGGCGUAGCCGGAGCUUCACUGCCUCGGGUUCCAAUGAACAGACGCGAGGUGGUCGGCAACGGGGUGAAGAGAAUGGGCACGAUGCCGCAUCAUCGCCUGCAGACGAGGGCCUAACCGAUAUCCCCGCAGCUAAGGAAAUGCAAGAAGAGGCGUUGACGCAGCAGGUGUGGCGCCAUCGCCCUGGCACUGUGGGUCACGUAUGUGCGGUAGAAGCCCUUCUCGGAUUCUGGGAGUCGCACGGGCGGGAGGUGGAACGCCAGAGCGCAACGGCAGUGAAGGCGGUGUUGCGUUCCGUGAGGCAGAGGUUGAGUGACCCUAUACGAGGGAACGAGGAGAACUUCACUGCGCAUAAUAAUACUAAUAGCCAAAACAAUAAGGAACAUGAGUCACACCACGCUUCCCCAGAGCAACCGCGUCUGUUGUUUGCCCCGCCGUCUGUGCCGCUUGCGUUGUUUCUUGCGGAACAAUCGCCGGUGAGUCCGACGGCUCCCAUGCCUACAGAGCAUCGUCAUUGGACGGAGCAGGAUGUUCUUCAGCUAGUCAUGGCGCGACCACAGGAAAGCCUUGACGUGCACCGCGUCAUGGACGAUGUUGAAGAGCUUGUCGGUCAAAAUGAGGAGUUGUUGAACUUUCUGGAGGAGGAACUUGUAAAAGUGUUCCUGUAG